AUGGCCAUGACAAAGCAGUCCUUUGCACUUACCAUCACUGUCAUGACCCAUCUCUGGGGGCCUGCUACCAUUCGCAUUAGCGGUGACGAGUCUGUAUCUGGACAAAUCUUGGCCACUCCCGGCGGCGGCGUUGAAUUCCAUUUUCCAGAACGCAUCGUCAUGGUUGCAAAUCACCAGAUCUACACAGAUUGGCUGUACUUGUGGUGGAUCAGCUAUGCGAAUCGGCCAGGGAUGCAUGGUCACAUUUACAUCAUUCUCAAAGAGUCUCUGAAAUACAUACCCUUUAUAGGAACUGGCAUGAUGUUCUACGGAUUCAUCUUUUUGUCGAGAAAGAUGGCGACGGAUCAACCGAGGCUAGCUUAUCGACUGAAUAAGCUCAAGCAGAAGAAGGUCGACCCGCUGGGCAAGACUUACUUGGACCCCAUGUGGCUGCUUCUGUUCCCAGAAGGCACUAAUCUCUCCAGAAAUGGCCGGAAAAAGUCGUUUCAGUGGGCGGAAAAGAAUGGUCUCAAGGAUCCAGAUCAUGUCAUGUUGCCCCGAAGCACAGGCAUUUUUUUCUGUCUGAAUGAGCUCAAGGAUACGGUGGACUAUGUGUACGAUUGCACUGUGGCGUACGAAGGAAUCCCUCGGGGUAAAUAUGGAGAGGAGAUCUUCGGGUUGGCGAGCACCUACUUCGAGGGCCGGCCCCCCAAGUCGGUAAAUCUGUACUGGCGGCGAUUCCGAAUUGCCGACAUUCCCCUCCACGACCAGCGGCAGUUUGACAUCUGGCUCCGUGAUCAGUGGUACAACAAGGAUGCGUUGAUGGAAGAGUUUCUCCACAGGGGUCGUUUCCCGGCCUUGACUGGAGCCAAGGCCGAGUAUGUUGAGACCGAAGUCAGGACCAGAUACCCUUGGGAGAUCUUGCAAAUCUUCACCGUCGUGGGGAUUGCUGGCUUGAUGUGGCAUAACCUGUGGAAAGUCCUGUCAACAAUCUCAGCCAAAGCGGGCAUCGUACUGUGA